AGGCGAGCGUGGGAUCGUUUGCGAGGUAUCAGCCCAGCAGAAGCUCAAAAAUACUACGUCGAUACACUACUUGAACUCUUGACAGAUUUUAUCAAGCGAUAUCCCGAGCAUGAAGAUAUAGCCGCACUAAAGGAAGCGCUUACAUACGUGCAAAUGGAGAACGAAUCGAUAGCCGAUGGGCCAGCUCCAGAUAUGUUUGCAGACGUGUGGAACCCAAGCGAUGUUGAACAAAGCGAUGCCGAAACGAGCGAACUGGGUUCCGAGCGAUCACAGCAAAAUUUCAUACCGUCGACAAUGCAACACCGAAACAGUCUUCCUCCACACAUGCAUUUACAUCAACGACCUCGCGCUUUAACUUAUGCUAAUGGCAGUACUUCCGUCUUUUCCAACAACAGCCCCCAUCAUGAAUAUCCUCUGACUCCCGAAUUGUCCCCCAACCCGAAUCAGUAUACCACUUACAAACGUUAUAUCCAACCGAUGGACUUCUUAACAAACCAUCCGAUGCAGGAUACAUUUUCGGAUACGGACACGAUCGACCGAGAAGUUGCCGCUACCACGUCAGGAUUAGCCAUUGCUUCCCCCAGACAACACCCCUAUCACAAUGCCUGGCAGCGAGGACGCAAAAGUGUCACCGAUGGAACUCAAACAGAGACUACAGCGCCUCCAGUGGCUGGACCCAUUCAAGCUCCUGAGCGCUUAUCCUCGUCUGAACAAGCACUGGAAAAUUUGCAAACUGAAGUGGCAGCUUUAUGCGAACAAUUGGACAUGAUGCGUCGAUCCAUGACAGAACGAGAUGCGCAAAAACGACAGUAUCGCUGGACUUGGUUAUGGUUGAUCAAGACGAUUGCGAAACAUGCCUUUGCAAAUGUCAUCAUUCUAUUGCUGGUAUUUCUUGCGUUGUGGCGACAAAAAUCACCCAUAGCCUAUGCUAUUAUUGGCUAUGUUGGGCCGCGAUUGAAAGAGAUCAUGCGGUAUAUGGUCCGUCGCGUCGUCUUUUGGAAAGUCACUGUUUAAAUAUCCUAGUCAUUGGAAGUUCCCUUACCGUGUAUCAUAGUCAACCCUUUUCAUGUAAAAUUCAAGAUCGAAAAAGCUCCUCAUACAAAAUCCAAA